AUGGAUAGAUCAAAUUCUUAUGAUGGUGGUAGCCGCAGUGGUAGGGAUCGAUCGAAACAAGGUGGUUUUGGUCAUCGUGAAUUCUCAUAUUCAAAUCGAUCAACAAAUAGAGGUGGCUCAGUUAUUCGUCGUUCAAAUAAAUCUUGCAUUUCAUCUUCAGCAAUCGAUACAAACAGUUGCUCUAAUUUACCACCUAUUGGUUAUAAUAUGCUUUGUGAUAUGUUAAAAAAAGAACCAGAUAAAAUGAUCAUUGAUAUAAAUCGAGAUUAUUUUCAAUUAGAUAAAUAUUUAAAUGAUGAACGUAUGAAAAUAAAUUUUGAAUGGGUUCAAAUGUUAACAACUUUAUUUGAACGAAUACUCGAUUGUCUUGGACAAGAAAAACGUAUUGCAGAUAUUCUGAUUAAGUUACCUGGUACAGUUUAUUUUGAUGCUUUAUAUGAAGAAAUACGUAAAACUGAUACAAAAACAAAUACAUUACGUUUUGAUCUUAUUUUAAAAACAUUAAAAAUUAUUAAUCAUUUAUUAACUAUUAAUCCUCAUGCUGAAAGUACUGUAGCUCGUUUUACUGAACGAAUUGGAACAUUUUUGUCUCGAUUAGACAAUGAAAAUGAAGUAAUAAAAUUAAAAUUUUUAUUUAUAAAAUUCUUUUUUGUUGUUUUGUUAUCUAAAUUUAAGGAAAUAAAAUUAAUAAAACAAUUACAUUCAACAGUUGUACAAAAAGCUGAAUAUAUUUAUCAUCAAGAACAAGAAAAAACUCAAAUGAAAAAAUCUUAUAUUGAACUUCGACCACCACCUGAUAAUUUUCGUUUAUUAAAUAUAAUUCCUUCAAUGAAUGAAAUUCUUUCACAUGAACCUGUUUAUUUACGUCAAAAUAUUGUUGAACGAGGAGGUUCAUAUGAAAAUAGUGAUCAUUAUUUAGAUAUACAUUUUCGUUUAUUACGUGAAGAUUUUCUGGGUCCAUUACGUGAUGGUAUACAAAAUUAUCUUUCGAAAUCAUCUAUUAAAAAUACAGAUGUAAGAAUUUAUGAAAAUGUCUUUUCACUUGGACCCAAAUUAAGUCCAAGAAGUGGACUAGUUUAUGGUUUACAAUUAGAUCAAAGGAAAUAUGGAAAAAUUCAAUGGGCUAAUAGUCGACGUUUAAUUUAUGGAAGUCUUCUUGCUUUGACAUCAGAUAAUUUUAAAUCAUGCACUUUUGUAACGAUUGAUGAACGAUCAAAUAUUCAAAAAGAUCUUAUUGUUUAUGUUCGUCCAUAUAUUGAAUCACACGAUUUAUUUGUUAAUCAUGAUUUAACUAAACUUGAUAUACUUAUUAAUUGUCAAUCAUUAACUAUGGUUGAAACAACAAGUUAUUUUGAGGCUUAUCGUCAUGUUUUACGUGCACUACAAAAAGUUCCUUCUCAAGAAUUCCCGUUAGCUCCAUAUAUUUUACAAUUAUUACAUGAUGUUACACCACCAAAUUAUGUUACUUCAAAAACUGAAUUCGAUUUUACACCAUUACUUGUUCCAUCAAACUCUCGUUUAUCUACUUUUACUCAACUAUCUGUUAAUCCAAAUUCAAGUGAUCUAACACAUGAACAAACUAUUUUUCAUAUCAAUUAUGCUGAACAGAAUACAGUUAAAAAACAGUAUAGAAGAGUUACACUACUUAAUAGUGAUGAAUGGCCAACGAGUCAUGAAUUACAACUUAAUCAAAAACAACAUGAAGCAUUAAUGCUAGCAUUAACCAAAAAAGUUGCUCUCAUUCAAGGACCACCAGGAACAGGCAAGACAUUUCUUGGUGUAAAAAUUGCUGAAUUCCUUCUACACAAUCGAUCUGUAUGGUGUCCACCAGGUACAUGUAAUGCACCUAUUUUGAUGGUUUGUCAAACAAAUCAUGCCCUUGAUCAAUUUCUUGAACAUAUCAUCACUCGAUUGAAUAUGACUGAUGGUUUAAUUCGUGUCGGUGGUCGAUGUAAAAAUGAAAAAAUUCUUCCAUUUUCACUUGCAAAGGCUCGCCAAAGAUAUCGAGCAAAUCAUUUCAUUCCAUCGAGUAUUUAUCAACAAAAACGCACUAUUAUUAAUCAAAAAACUUCUCUUGAAAUAAUAAUGCAAUCGAAUGAAACCAUUAUUGAUGCAACCUAUUCACAUUUGACAUCCUUGGAACUUUUACAUAAAACAAAUAUUCUUAAAAGAGACCAUUAUAAUUCAUUGAUUGGUGGUAGUGGAUACUAUCGUUCAUUAGAUCUUAUUUUAAAUAAAUGGCUUGGUUUAAAUGAAAAAGUUCUUGUAAUGAAUUCAAUAGAUGAUGAAUUUGAACGAUUAAGUAUUGAUGAAAAUGAACCCAUUUUAGAAGAAGAUAAUGAAGAACAAAAUGAAGAACAAUGUCGUCGCGAUGAAAUUGAUUCAGAUGAAGAAUUUUUUCGUCCAAUAAAAAUUGCUCCAAAAAUUAAUUUUAUUUUAACUAAUAAUAAUGACGAGGAUGAUGAAUGGCAAACAGAAGUAAAUAAAAAUAGACAAAAACAAAUCAUUCAUCGAUUAUUAACGACUCCAACAAAAUUAAAUGAUGAAACAAUUGAGACAAUUCAAAAUGAUCUAUGGUCAUUAAAAACCCUUGAACGUUAUGAUCUUUAUCGAUAUUGGUUAUAUAAAUAUCGCGAGAUACGUUAUAAAUCUGUUAGUAAUGCACAUUUAGCAUUUAAUCAAGCAAUUGUAGAACAUUCACAAUACAUGCAGUUAGAAGAUUAUUAUAUAUUAAAACAUGCUAUUAUUGUUGCAAUGACAACAACAUCAUGUAAAAUAGUCAUUGUUGAAGAAGCAGCUGAAAUAUUUGAAGCACAUAUUACUACUUCAUUAAGUCCAAAAUGUGAACAUUUAAUAUUAAUUGGUGAUCAUGUUCAAUUAAGACCUAGUCCUAGUGUUUAUAAACUAGCAACUAAUUAUAAUAUUGAUGUCAGUUUAUUUGAACGUUUUGUUACAAAUAAUUUUCCUAAUGUUCGAUUAAAUAUACAGCAUCGUAUGCGUCCAGAAAUUUGUCAAUUAAUGCUUCAUUUCUAUGACAAUCUUCAAAAUCAUGAAAGUGUCUUAACUGAACGUCCGGCAAUAAUUGGUGUAAAACAAAAUUUAUAUUUUGUCAAUCAUAGUCAUCCUGAAGAAGCUCUUGUCGAAGGAAAUUCAAAACAAAAUAAAUUUGAAGCUGAAUAUAUAAUUGCACUUGCUCAUUUUCUUAUUAAGCAAGGCUAUGAAAAGUCUCAAAUAACAAUUCUUGUUAUGUAUCUUGGUCAACGUGCAUUAAUAUCUCGCAUGAUAAAAACAAGUUUAUAUAGUAAAACUUUAAAAGAUAUUCGUAUCAAUGUAACUGAUUCGUUUCAAGGUGAAGAAAAUGACAUAAUUUUACUUUCAUUAGUCAGAAGUAAUAAUCAAACAAAUACUAUUGGUUUUCUUAAAAUUCAUAAUCGUAUUUGCGUGGCUUUAUCGCGUGCUCGUUGUGCAAUGUAUAUUGUUGGAAAUUUAAAUUUUCUUAUGAAACAUGAAGAUAUGUGGAGACAAAUCGGUACAACUUUGUCUAAAGAAAAUGCUGUUGCUACAGGUCUUCCUCUCUGCUGCAUACAGCAUCCAGAUGAUGGUAAUUUUAUUGCUGAUACACCAGCAUCAUUUUCUAAACGACCAGAAGGUGGAUGUGAGAAAUUAUGUGGUAGUCGACUUUCUUGUGGACAUUCAUGUCCAAAGUUUUGUCAUAAUUAUAGUCAUGAUCGAGUUCAAUGUAGUAAAAUCUGUAAUGAAUCUUUACCGAACUGUCAACAUCGAUGUCAAAACUUAUGUCAUUUCGCUACACCCAAUGAUCAUAGAAUUUGUCAAGAACGUGUAGAAAAAACGAUACAAUCAUGUAAUCAUACUAUUUCUAUGGCAUGUGGCAUAGAACCAACAAGUGAUAGAUGUACAUACAUGGUACCAGUUCGAUUUCCUUGUGACCAUUUGGUCAAUGUGACUUGUGCUACUCGAACAUUAGGUUCAAUUGAUAAAGUUCCUUGUCGAGAACCUUGUCAAGAUAUUCUUUUAUGUACACAUCGAUGUGCAGGUACAUGUUCUGAUUGUAAAACAGGUCAACUUCAUUUACCAUGUGAAGAACAAUGUGGUCGUCAAUUAUUAUGUACACAUUUAUGUCAUGCUCCUUGUGGACGUAAUUGUCCUUCAUGUUCAUCGAAAUGUGAAACAGUUUGUAUUCAUUCAAAAUGUCCAUUGAAUUGUGGUGAACCUUGUUCACCAUGUCAUGAGCCUUGUACAAAUGCAUGUCAACAUACAGCAUGUUCUCUUUUAUGUUCGGAGCCAUGUGAUCGAAAGCCUUGUCAACAUCCAUGUUUGAAAAAAAUUCCAAAAUGUGAUCAUCCUUGUAUUGGUAUGUGUGGUGAGCCAUGUCCAUCACAAUGCCGAAUAUGUAAUAAACCACUUGUACAAGAAUUGUUUUUUGGUAAUGAAGAUAGACCAUCUUCUCGUUUUGUUAAUCUACCAGAGUGUAAUCAUUUAUUAAGUGACCUUGAUCGGUAUAUGAAUGAUUUUCUUGACAAACAAAGAAAUGGUUAUGAAUCUGUUCGUUUUCCUGUAUGUCCACGCUGUCAAAAACCAAUUCGUCAUUGUCAAAGAUAUAUACCAAUCAUUAAUCAAGUUCAAUCAUGGAUAGAACAAAUAAAAAUGAAACAACAAAAUUGUCUAACAAAAAAGCAAAUGAUUGAACAAGGUAAUGAAUUAUUAGAAAAGAUCAAAUAUUCAUGUGAUAGAAUAAAAUUACUUGAACAAAAACAAUUCGAUACAUUAAUUCGCCGAUUAGAUGCUAAAAAAGAAUCAAUUAAUAUUGAUGAAUUUAAUUAUAUGGAAAAUACUCAUGAAUUUUUUAAAGAAAUUAAUCGUUUAUUAACUGAUGGUCAUGAUAAAUUGAACGAAGAAAUAUUUAUUCAAACGAUUGAACCAACAUUUCGUCAUCUUAUUAUUUAUAUAUGUAAACAAUGUAAUGAUAAAAAUGCUCGAAAUUAUGCUCAACAACAAUUAAAUGAUAUUCAAAAUGAACUUAAACGUAUAUGUUGUAUGAUUAAUUAUUAUAUACUAAAUAAUAGAUUUGGAAGUAGUUUGAAAAUUUUUAAGACUGAGUAUUUAAUCGAAAUGAAAAUGUUAACAAAUAAAACGGGUCCAUUUACGAAAAAAGAUUAUCAAAGAUUUAAAGAUCUUGUUGAGAAAUUAAAAACUGAAGCAUUUCUUUCACAAUCUAUUCUUAUUGCAGAACAAACAUUAUCUAUUAUCGAUAUAAUUCAAAUGGAAACAGGUCAUUGGUUUGUAUGUCGAAAUAAUCAUGUGUAUAAUAUUGAUCAUGCAUGUCAAUUUACAGUAGAUAUUCUACGUGAUUUAUUAUAUUGGUCACUAUCACUUAAACAUGUUUAUCUCGAAGCUGAUGAUCGAUUUGUUGACAUUUCUCGUUUUAAUCUUCGUCAAGAACAAAUUUCAUCAAUUGAAAAUUUAACUUUACGUUAUAUAUCUAUUGAUAUAGAACAUUUAUAUUCAAUUGUAUCUUGUUUACGUUCACUUGAUACAAAAAUAAUUUCAUAUCGUCACGUUGAAAACACUUAUUUAUAUUCUUUUGAACAUUUACAACAACUAUCGAUUCAUGUGAAUCGUUUUGAUCUUUUGACUCUCGAACAAUUACUUUAUCCUAUGACAAAAUUAAAUCAAUUGAUUAUUAUUGGUGAUAACAUGAAUAAUGAUGUAUGUGAUGGUCUUGCAUGGGAACGAAUAUUAACUAACAUCAUCUGA